UCAAUAGAACCUGCAAAAUAUAAACAUAUAUUAGAAGAGUUCAUCUUUAUCUGAAGCACUAGUAACUCUUGACCAUAUACAAUUUUUGAUACAAGGAGAAAGUUUCAUGAAGGUUUAUCCUAGACCUGCAAAUGAAGCUACUUUUUAGUGUUGUAUUAAUGUAAAUGGUUUUCCAAGUUUUGAAGUAUUAAUAAAACUCGACUUAAUGAAGUUAAAGCUUAUCCUAGAGCUCAAUAAGUUUCUCAUGUGACCUGCUGUAGGAAAUUCUAAGAAACAACAUAACAAGCCUUCUGGCAGUACAAAAACGAAGUCUGCUGAAACAGAAAUUUCUGUCUCAAGACUUGACAUACCUGUUGGCCUCAUCAAAAAAGUUCAGAAGCACCCAGAUGCAGAUUCACUCUAUGUUGAAGAAAUUGAUGUCGGUGAAGAAUCCCCUCGAACAGUUGUUAGUGGCCUCGUGAAAUAUAUUCCUCUUGAGGAAAUGCAGAAUCGGAAGGUUUGUGUCCUUUGUAACUUGAAGCCUGCAACCAUGAGGGGCAUUAAGUCACAAGCAAUGGUCUUGGCUGCAUCAAACGAUGACCACACAAAGGUUGAGUUAGUUGAUCCACCAUCAUCAGCCAAGGUUGGUGAACGAGUGACCUUUCUGGGAUACUCAGGCGAACCAAACAGCGUCUUAAACGCCAAGAGCAAAGUUUGGGAGAAGCUGCAGGUUGAUCUGCAGUCUAAUAAAGAGUGGUUGCCUGUUAUAAGGAUGUGCCUUUCACAACAUCUGCUGGUGUUUGUAAAGUUUCGUCUAUCACAAAUGGAGCCAUAAGGUAGACAAUCUGCCUUUUUACAUUAAGGUCCAAUGCAUUAUAAACCAAAAAUUAUAACAAGUAUGAGGUCAAAAAAGUAUUGAACAACAAACAUAAAUCUUAAAUGAGUUUCAUAUGCUAAAUAAACUCCAUCAAGAAACUACUACUUGAUUAAAGGAUAAAAUUUCUAGUCUUAGUGAAAGUGCAGGCUCAACUUGCAACUUUAAUCAACUUAUUCAAGCA